AUGCCCAAGCCUCCUCCCACGAUUAGUUACCCCCGACCCAAGCUAGGGUUUUUUUGGGAAAACCCCGAUCUCUGCCGUAACUGUGACGGUGUCUCCGACUUGAACAUCGUGGAGGAUCGCCUUGAGAGAAUGCAUGAGAAUGUUAUGGCUAGUCUUGAGAAGGAAGAAAAACUGAAACUUGGUUCAGAUUUCGAUCAAAACCCUAAUUUCUCGUCUCGGUCUAAUUCAUCGGACAUUGCUUCUUCUGAUCAGAAUUCGUCGCACUCCUCUCACCACCAGAUCGUUUGUCCACAAAUUGCUACUUUCGAUCAAAGCCCUAGCUUUUCCGAUGAAGAGAUCCAAGGCGGGUCAUCCAAUUCUUCAGAUCAAUCUUGUUUCUUGGAGAACAACACAAUGACUCUAACCCAAGAAACAACACAAACAGAGCCGGUGAUGGUUAAUGUCGGUGAUUGUGGUCAUGAACAGAGCUUUUGGGAUGAUCUUUACAACGAAGAUGUGUUUGGUUUCAAUAAAGGCUUCCCUCUCGGCCAAAACAAAGCUCAGGAGAACACCACCAAUGAAGAAGACGAUUACAUGGUCGAGAUUAGAAAGUUUUUGAACGAAGAAGAGAUUGAUUUUAGUCAGUUCACAGCUUGA